GUGGCAUCUGGAGAUAAAGGUGUUACGCAGUUAAUUGUUUUGAAACAUAUCUGAGUCUAGAAAUGAUCAUGUCUUUGGGGUCCUCGCCAUCAAAACCUUAAUUUCUUAUUUUAAACCCUUAAAAUUCGUCUCAAUAUGACUCAUAAAGUUAAUCCUGUAUGAGAUAUGCAUGUUGUCUGUGAUCAGGAUAUGUUUCAUGACAGCAUCUGUGUGAGAGAUUUGAGGUAUUCUUAAAGCAGCUGGAGGUGGGACUGGAGAGGAGGCACACCUGUGAAGAUUUGGCUGACAGACUCAUCAAAAGUAAUCAUCAUGAGAGGCGCUUCACCCGAGAAACACCAUGUGAUCAGGAAAACAGAUUCUAAACAAAAUAUUACAUACUAAUAAAUACAGUAAUCUCAUAUUUGUGUCAGUUGUUUGUGAUAUAUCAGUCCUGAAGUUACAUCAUUUUACAGUCUACAGAUAAUUAUACUUUAAGUUCACUUCAUGACAGAGAAUCAUGGGAAGAGCUGCAGGAUUUAUCUGAAGAUCGUAAAGAAAAUCUGUGUAAAUCUGAGGAAUGCCACAAAUUCUACAAAAACCUAGGACAGAUAAAGGUAUUGCCAACUGUGAUUUGCAGUUGUUCCAGCACCAGCAGCUAUGGGCUGAGAUUGUGGCACGUGAGGAGACAUACGUUCAGGCCGUAUCCAUGAGCCAGGAACUGCUAAAGCAUGACAAACCUAACGCUACAGAGAUCCAGGAGAAUCUGAAAGCUCUGCAAGAGAAGAGAGAGAGAAGCUUUCUGAUGACUGGCAUUCCUAGCGGAAAUGGCUGGAGAACACAUAUCUGGAGCAGACGUUUUAUACAGACACUGAGUACAUGAAAAAGAUCACUAGCUCCCGAGAGAUCCUGUUGGAGAACAGUGAUUUAGGAACAAUGGUGGAUUAUGUAGAGACAUUGAUCAAACGCCAUGAAGCUUUUAAAAAAACGUCUUAAUUCUCAGGAAGACAAGAUGCUGGCUCUUCAGGAGUUAGCAGAAAGCUUAAAGACAGAAGAUUUAAGCAACAUUAAGAACAAACUGAAAGCUAUCCAGGAGAGGAGGGAGCGCAUCAAAGAUCUGUCGGAUAAACGCAGCGAGGAUCUUGAGAUCUCAAAGCUAUCUUCAACCGAGAUGUGUCAGAGGCAGAUGAAUGGAUCACAGACCAUGUGAAUAAAAUACUAGAAGACUCCAAAAUGGAUAGAGCAAUCUUCAGACUGAAGUGAAGAUAUUGCAGAAGCGUCAGGUGUUUGAAGCAGAGAUUCUGGCCCAUGGAAAUAUCAUUGAAUCUGUCCAGCAGAUGCUGUUGCUCCAGGGUCAAAGCUGUGGAGUGGAUGUGGAUCUUAUUCGCAGACACGAGGAGAUGGAGAGGGAGGCCAGAGUCAUCCUAGAGAGAGGCACUGCUGAGAUUGAUGCUUGCUGUGAGCGUAUAGAUUCAGUUAAGAGUUUUGGACAGAAUCUUGUGAGGUCCAGACACAGCGAUUCAGCAGAGAUAAGAGAAAAACUACCCAAGCUGGAGGAUGCCAAAACAAAGCUUGCUCAAGCUCGGGAGGACCGAAAGAAAACUCUGGAUCAAGCACUUUAGCUUCAGGAAGGACAAAGUAUCGGAAAUUAGCAAAACCAGAUGAAAAGCAUUGGAAGAAUCUCUACAGCUGCAGAAAUUCCUGGAAGGAAGGGAUGAAGUGUGUGAAGUAAACCGCUCCUGCUGAAUGUGGAAAAUAGACAUUCACCUACUGAGGGUGAUAACAUCCAGUCAUCCUGCUAAAAGCAAGAUAAAACCACGAAUAAAGGAUGUUGAUUUGACAGCUGGGACCAGCUUUUAAGCAACUGCAAGGAGAAAAAGUUACGUCCACAGCAAACAUAUCAGGCGUUGCAGAUCCAGCGCUCUUUGGGUGACAUCGAGGAGUGGCUUGGGUCAGUGGAGUUAGAAGUGGAGAAUAAGGACUACGGUGGUGCCAAGAGCAGGACGUGCCAUAACGGAGGAUACCUUGGAGAUUAAACCGAAGCAAGGAGGAAAUAAAGGCUUGGAUCACUGGGAAACGGUCUGUGCACUACUGGAAGAGGAGACACUCAAUCUGUUUAAAGACCAAAACGCCGCCAAACUGUACAUGUUGGCCACUCGUUCAUCACACUGGCUGGAGCAGUCUGUAAAGACAGUCCCUGCUACAGGAGAAAGGAGAACACAUUCAAAAUCAUGUGAGCAAGUAGAGAAAGCACGGAGCAGUGUGAGUCUGUGCCAGCCGACACAUCUGACACACAAGAUUCCACCACAAAGUCGAACCAGGAAAAGGUGACUCCACAGAGAGAGAGAGCCACCACCUAAACCUCCCCACAUGCAUUACAACAAACACCGCUAACCUGACAGAGGAGAGAGAGCCAAGACUCAGUCUAAGCGCAAAAGAGAGGAUUUGCUGUAAUAUUUCCUGGCCGCUAGAGGGCACUCUAAUAAAGACACAAGCUACAGAAGACAGUCUGACUUUGUGCGGGAUUGCUUCCCUGUUCAUCAGUUCUCGUUUCAAGACAGGCGUAUGUUUGUUUGUCAAGAGGAGUUGCCAGAGCAAGAGGUUUGAAGUCCAACUGCUGCUGGUUGUUGCUACUCUAUCUUACUUGUGAUGUUGGAUAUGGGAGAAAGGAAAGAAGUCAAAAUGAUUCCUAAAUCAUCGUUCAGUAUAAACAGUCUGGUUCCCGAAGCCGUGCAAAGCGACAACCACCACCAUCAUCACCACCACCAACACCAACAGCACAGAGCGGUGCAUGAAGAAGAGGAGAAGACUCCUUUACCUGUCCAAGCACAGGAGCAAAAGUCGGAGAACACUUGCGCUAAAAGUGACAAUUCAUCCCACGACUCCUCGUGCACGGACGAGAAGGAGAAGCAGGAAGAGAAACGGGACUCAAAGGAAGGCGAAGGAGGCAAAGAAGGCGACAAGAAAAACGGCAAGUACGAGAAACCUCCUUUUAGCUACAACGCUUUGAUUAUGAUGGCUAUUCGGCAGAGUCCGGAGAAGCGGUUAACCCUUAACGGUAUUUACGAGUUCAUUAUGAAAAAUUUCCCGUAUUACCGGGAGAACAAGCAGGGAUGGCAGAAUUCCAUCAGACACAACUUGAGUUUGAACAAAUGUUUUGUUAAAGUGCCCCGGCACUACGAUGACCCCGGGAAGGGGAACUACUGGAUGCUUGACCCCUCCAGCGACGACGUGUUCAUUGGCGGCACGACGGGCAAACUUCGGCGCAGAUCGACCACUUCUAGGGCAAAACUGGCGUUUAAAAGAGGCGCGAGGCUAACUUCCACCGGACUGACAUUUAUGGAUAGAGCUGGCUCUUUAUAUUGGCCCAUGUCUCCGUUCCUCUCGCUCCACCAUCCGAGGGCGAGCAGCGCGUUGAGUUACAACGGCACGUCCUCGGCUUACCCUAGUCACCCAAUGUCCUAUAGCACAAUGUUGACUCAAAACAGUUUGGGGAGCAAUCACUCUUUCCCUGCCUCCAAUGGCUUGACUGUUGACAGACUCGUGAAUGGAGAGAUUCCGUACGCCACACAUCAUCUCACAGCGGCCGCUUUGGCCGCCUCAGUGCCAUGUGGGCUCUCCGUACCCUGCUCCGGGACGUACUCUUUGAAUCCGUGUUCAGUGAACCUACUGGCGGGCCAGACCAGUUAUUUUUUCCCCCACGUCCCUCAUCCAUCCAUGAGCUCCCAGAGCAGCACAUCCAUGAGCUCCAGGGCCGUCUCUUCCUCCUCCCCGCAAACGGCCUCCUCUCUCGCGUGUGACUCAUUAAGGCCUUCCCUUACUAGUUUUUCCUCCGGACUUUCCAGCGGACUUUCUGACUACUUCACACAUCAGAAUCAAGGGUCAACAUCAAAUCCACUUAUACACUAACUAGCAUCCACAGGAUCAGACUAUGUCUGGCAGUGUGUGCUGCAGUAGCCUGAAUCCACCCUGUGAUGCGUUACUCACCCAUGCUGAGAAUGUUUACAGUUGUAAUCAAGGUCCAUGUAACUUGUUUGUGAAAUGUUUUGCCUUUAUGUUUUAGAGGUGCUAUACAAUUUGCAAAUAGUAGGGCAUGAAGUCACAGUUUGAUUAAAUUGCUGUCAGUACAAAAAAGAAAGAAAAAGAAAACAGAAGCAUUGUAAAAUCCUAGACUGUUAUUUUGCAUCCCUUUAUAGGAGGAGUUUAACUUUUUCCCUUUAGUCAAUCUUAUUUAAAUUAAAUAGAAAAGAAAAUGUUGACGUUGUAUAACAAUUUGCUUUGCAUAAGAAGAUAUGUACAUUUUCCAUAUUUACAAGCAAUGUUUUGUGACAUAUUGUUUGAUGUCAAGAUAAUAUUCCCCUGUUGCAAAUGGUUUUGCUGUAAUGGAGGAAACAUGCUGAUCUACUGUGACCUAGUAAAUUGUUACUUUGGGAGAAAAAAACAUAUCUGUUGUUGUUGAUUCCUUUGGGGAGAAAAGCCUUUGCAUGACCACUGAAGCUUCUAGAUUUCUGUAUAACCUGAAAUGUUUCCCAACAUUUGGCCAGUUUGCUGACAGAAAUGAAACUGAUGCCUAAAUAAUAUCAGAUUUGUGUGUCUUUAUGUUUGCCAGCUUGUAAACAUAAGAAAACCUUAAACAAAGGUCUCCUUAGACACAUAUACGCACACACACAUACAUACGCAGGGAAUGCAAUGGAUCAGUGUCACAGCAGCUAUUUUAAUUGAGAGUUCUGAUGCAUAUAUAUAAUAUGUUUAUCAAGCCAUGGCACAUUUUCCCCAUCAGAUAAGUGAGGUUUAAGCUGGCACACUUUUCAACACCCAAAGGUUUCACUCACUGUAGACAUUACAGGUCUCCAGAGAUAUCAUCUUGAGGGUGUCUUUUAUUGUCUACAGUUUGAAAGUAAACAACAUUUCAUUGAAAGACAACUAAUACAUCAUGGAGGAGAAAAUGAGGGUUUGCGUUUCUAUCUGAGGUGAAGAAAACAGUUAUGCCUCAGAAUGUGUAUACUGUGCAAAAGUCUUAGCACAUUAGUAUUUUCAAGAAAAACAAAUGGUUUUAAAGUCAGUUAUUUCUAUAU